GAGACUACAACUCCCACGAUGCACUGCCGCGACCACUGUUCCAGUUCAAGGUUCAACCGUGACAGCAAAAAUAGGCUCGCUGGCUCUCAGUGUAGCUCGACGUUAGCGCUCCCUAACUUGAAGGCAGGAGUGGGUCGGGAGGGGUUGAAAUAAACCAGUAAUUUGGGCCGGUCCACGGAGCAAUCGCCGGCCACCGAGGACCCGAAGAUGUCCCUCAGAUAAAAGAUUGCGCUGUUAGCCGACACUAACUGUGACAAAACCGACGGCGAGGAUUGAUCUGUAGCUACCGGGAGGAAGACGAGGUGGAUGGUCGCGGCGGCGGAGGCGGCGGAGGGGAGCCCCUCGGAUAAAAUACCGACAGCUGCUAAGCUAAAAGACACUUAAUAAAAAAAUAUAGAGUGAAAAUUAAAAACCCGGGGCCGCCAUGUUCGUCCAGGAGGAGAAGAUGUUUGCGGGCAAAGUGUUGAAGAUGCACAUCUGCGCCGUGGACGGCGCCGAAUGGCUGGAGGAGAUCCCGGAAGAUAGUACGGUGGAGAAACUCAAGGAGAAGUGCUUGAAACAUUGUCUGCAUGGAAACUUGGAUGACCCCAAGACGCUGACUCACCACAAGCUCAUACACGCUGCUACAGAGCGGGUGCUCAAUGACACCAAAACAGUGGCGGAUGAAAGCCUCAAAGAUAAAGACGUUCUGCUGCUCAUAAAGAAAAGGCCGCCGCCGACCCCUCCCAAAAUGUCGGAGGUAUCCUCGGAAGAAAAGAAAAAACAGGACAACAAGGCCCCAGACAAGGACGCCAUCUUGAAGGCCACUGCCAACCUCAGCAUUCGCCACACGGACCGCACAGUCACGCAGCACAAUAUUAGAGAUUUUCAGACGGAGCUCCGAAAGAUCCUAGUGUCCCUCAUUGAAGUGGCCCAGAAACUUCUGGCCUUGAACCCUGACGCUGUGGAGCUCUUUAAAAAGGCCAAUGACAUGUUGGACGAGGACGAGGAAGACCGCGUGGACAACGCAGCCCUCCAGCAACUCACCGAGAUGGGCUUCCCUGAGAACAGAGCCAUCAAAGCCCUCCGACUCAACCACAUGUCGGUGACUCAGGCCAUGGAAUGGCUGAUCGAGCACGUUGACGACCCCUCCGUGGACACGCUGCUGCACAGUCAAGAGUCUUCUGUUGCCGCCACAGGAGCUGCCGCUACUCCUAACUCUGCCGCCACAGCCGGCCCGUCGGCCUCGGGCUCCUCCAGAUCACCAUCGUGCUCGUCGGGUUUGCGACGUAGCCUAUCUAGCACGGAGGAGAGCAGCGGCAGACAAGAUGAGCUUACAGAAAUUUUCAAGAGGAUUCGUAGGAAAAGGGAGUUCAGGCCCGACUCGAGAGCUGUGUUUGCUCUCAUGGAGAUGGGCUUUGAGGAAAAGCAGGUGAUUGAUGCCCUCAAAGUCAACAACAACCAGCAAGAUGCAGCGUGCGAGUGGCUGCUGGGAGACAAAAAGCCCUCUGCGGAGGACCUGGACAAAGGCAUCGACACCAACAGUCCGCUCUUCCAGGCCAUCCUGGAGAACCCCGUCGUCCAGUUGGGUUUAACCAACCCGAAGACUCUACUUGCCUUUGAGGACAUGCUGGAGAACCCCCUGAACAGCACCCAGUGGAUGAACGACCCCGAGACGGGUCCUGUCAUGCUCCAGAUAUCCAGAAUCUUCCAAACCCUUAAUCGCACAUAGAGGCCAAGCGCCACCCCACACGUGUGAAUGUUUGUGAGAGAGAUGAGUAUUGUCCAUGCCACAGGAGUUGUACCUAUACAGUAAAUAUUUAUAACAGUACGAUAAAGUAUACGAAAAAUAUUAUUACUACUGCAGCAACGAUACAAAGUUCUAUUAACUAGUUUGUUUUUACAUUUUAACAAGCAAUUUCAACUUAUUUUACGAUAUUGUUUUUGCCACAAUCACACACACAUGAGCACGUUCAAUGUUUGCACCAUGUAAUAUGUAUUGUUACAUUUUUUUUAUUUAUUUGGAUUUUAACACUUCUGUAUUGGGGUGAAUUUACAAAAGUGUGCCUGGGCCAUAGAAAAUAAAUCUCCCAAAUUUAUUUGUUAUUAAAGUUGUGAUAAUGAGUAUAAAUUUGGAGAUUUCCCCCAAAAGAAGUUUUAUAUUUUUGGGAUUAAAGUUGUCAUUUUAUGAGGAAGUUUAUUUUAAAGACAAAUUGGAACUUUCAACAAGAUGUUAUUUUUAGGAAAGGCAUACAAUUAAGAUUGAAUUGGUUAAAUGACAAAAAAAAGUCAUUUAAAUUUGACAUGCAAAGUCUUAAAAUGAACAAUGAAUGAAUGACUUAAAGAAAAUGUCAAGUAAAUGACUUGAGGCCUGUAAAUGGCAAGAAUCUGCUAUUUGAGAAAUCUCAUGUGACCAAAGCGUACGACAGGCUGCCUGUGGAUGCUUUGCUGAAUAAUGCCUGUCAUCUUUGGCCAAACAUUAAAUACAUCCUUUAUUUGUACAAAUACGAUACAUGUAGACAAGAAUGAAGCCUAAACAGAAUAAAGUCGUACAGCUGUAGUUAAGGUGGCAUCUCGUUUAAAAAAAAAACAACAAAAAAACAUACAAAUAGUCAAUGUUGAAAGUUCCCAUGGGUCCUUCCUCAUUCCCCAAGUGAUGUGGAGGUGCGUUUACCCAUUUCACCAAAUGUUGAAGUAGCUUGCGCAUGAACUGAUUUGAGUUGUUCUUUCAGCCUGCGGAUUUUGUGGGGGUGGCUCUGAAGGCACUGAAUUUCUCUUUUUUUUUUUUAAUAUCAAAACUCAAAAUCUGUCAGAAGUGUGCAACAAAUGACAUUUUCUUCAAACUGCAACUUUAUUCUGUUAAAAAUCUACCGAAAUCUCAAAUCUACUUUUUAUUUUUUUCAAAAAUGACAACUUCUUUCUCAAAUAUAUAUUUUCUCUCCAAAAUAUUCUUGAGGCCAUUCAUCAUCAUGUUGAAAGUUUGUUUUUGAAAUAUACAAGAAAAACGUUUUACAACCAAAAAUGUAGGAAAACUGCAUUUUAAAAAUGUUAACACAAACAAACAUUGUGCCGGCCUUAAUUUUAGCAUGUUUUAAAAAAUGUUGAUUUGGAAUUUUUAUUUACAACAAUUGCAUAUUUGAGAUAUAUCUACAAAGCAGGUUGAAAAGGGGUCACGUAUUUAUUUCUUUGUUUACCUGGAAAUGUGUACAGUGGCAUAUAUCAUUUGGCAUAACACAAAUUUAUUUCAUAUUAACGAAAACCGCGUUGCAUGUCCAGUGCGCAUAACAGAAGGGUUAAAUGGUGGCCUGUUACCCAAAUGGUUUUUGCAGUACUUCCAUCCCUCCUGGUGUGUCUUUCUCUGCAAUAUCAAGCAGUGGUUAAACUGCGAGGCACACUCAUUGUUGUGUGACGCAAUAUUAUUGAUCCUUGGAGAACCUUAAUGACGGCCCAACAUGUAAUUACUAAAAAAAAAAAAAAAAAAGGUUAAUUUUUCUUUUUUUUUUGUAUGUGUUUUCCCCUCUUAAUUUUGUGGCUCACCCCUGCUUUAGUAUCAGUACGAGAGGGUCUGUGAGUUGUUGCCAAACGUUUUUGAGUGUUUUAUCAACUCUUUAAAAAAAAAAUGCUAUGGAUGUGACUUCAUUUUGCUCAGGGAGACUGAGAUUGUUUUUUUUUUUUUCUUCCUUCCUGCUCAUCUGACAACUGAACAAAAUGGCUUUAAGGAGUUGUCGUGGUUUCUUAAAUGCAAUAUAUACCGGACUCACAAAAAUGAUGACAUUUCCGGAUGAGCGUGAAAUGCACUAAAAGCUUAAGCUUAGGUUGGCUAAUUUUGCCGUUCUGUUUUGAAUGCAUAAUUUUGCUGCUCUUUAAAGAGCUGAACAGCAAGGUUCACAAUAAGGUGUUUGAGCUAUCUAUCAACUGAUAAAUUUCCAGGGAUGUACAAUUCUCCGCUUUUCUGUGACGCUGACACUUUCUCUGUUGUAAGCUUCUGAUGGAUGACAUUUUACUAUCAAAGUAUCCUGUUUGAAGCCUCUCAAUGGCGAGUACUCAAGUACAUUUAACAAAAUAAAAGACCAGUUAGAAGUACCGAUUUGACAAAAGCAUAGCCUCGGGAAUGUACAUACUUUUGUACACAAAUACAUUUCGGUCUACUUUUUAUGAAAAAAAUACGACUGGUAGAAGUACUUCAUCAGCUUAAGACGGUUUUUAAAAAAUACAGAAUCUGAAAUGUAUUUUUGUACUUCAGUACAUUCAGAAUCUGUACUAUUUUGUAAGGGAAAAGGAAUAGGUUACUGGUUUGACUCAAGUGAAAUUUACUUCCUUUUGUACUUGUUGCAUUUCAAAGUUGGCAAAUUGUCUUUAAAAAAAAAACAUACUGAUUAAACUCAAUGAAAAAGGUAACCAUGUAAGAUUCUUAUUUUUACUUAUGUGCUCGAGGACAUUUCAGAAAGUACACAAUUUUCUGGGAGGGGAGAAUCCAAUUAGCUGAGCAGUGAGAAGUCACAGAAAUGUUAAGUAAUGGGAAGCCUUGGAAAUGUAAAAAGAAAGAAUUUUGCCCUGUGGCUUCUUAUUAAAGAAUAGCAAGAUGUGCAAAAAGUACUCCAACUUGCAGCAGGAGUUGCAUUCAAAAGACUACAAAUGAACUCUACCUUUUAAGUGCAUUUUUGAUGCGUCUUGAAAUUUAACCACACAGUAACCAGAAUUUUUUGUGACUACAGUUGUGUAUCUGUGCGUGUGCGCGUGAGUGAGACAGACAGAAAAUGGCAAAGGUUCUUAUUUAUAUGGAAGCCAUACUGAAAUGUUAUUUAUGUUUAUUUAGCUCAUCUAUAAAUGUGAACCAAAAUAGAGGGAAUAUCAAAUGAUUCAAAUGUUGCGUCAAUCAUCGCCGCUUUGUCAAUUCAACCACCACACUGUUGUAUGUUGUUUUUUUUUGGGGGGGUGCUUGUUUUAUUUUAUUUUUUCCAGUAACCUAUGCAAUACGUUGUCACGCGUAUUUCCACUCUGAGACAUCUGAAACACUUAUUGCAUUAAAGGAAUUUUUGGGG